AUGGAGAAACAAAAUCACUCCAUGGCGUCUGAGUUUAUUUUGGGCUUGGUAGAGUUUCCUGAGUUACAGAUUUGCUUUUUCUUGUUUUUUUCCAUUAUCUACAUAGCCAUUGUAUUAGGCAACCUCAUCAUUAUCUUUGUGGUAAAACUAGAUCCUCACUUACACUCUCCCAUGUACUUCUUACUGGCCAACCUCUCCUUUAUUGAUAUGUCCCUGGCCUCCUUUGCUACUCCUAAAAUGAUCUGUGACCUAAUUAGUGAAUAUAAGGCUAUCUCCUAUGAAGGCUGCAUGGCCCAGAUGUUCUUCCUUCACCUUUUAGGUGGAAGUGAGAUGAUGUUGCUUGUAGCCAUGGCAAUUGAUAGAUUCAUUGCCAUUUGCAAACCCCUCCAUUGCAAAACUAUCAUGAGCAACCGUGUUUGCAUAGGACUUGCACUUCUGUCCUGGACCACUGGUUUUGUGCACACUAUGAGCCAAAUGGUGUUCACAGUGACUUUACCAUUCUGUGGCCUCAAUGUUGUGGAUAGCUUUUUUUGUGAUCUGCCUCAGGUCAUCAGACUUGCUUGUACUGACACUUAUAUCUUGGAAUUAUUAGUCAUUGCAUUUAGUGGACUACUUUCUUUGUUCUGUUUCAUCUUUCUGUUCAUCUCCUAUAGUAUCAUUCUGAUUACUGUCCGGCAUCGCUCCUCCAAUGGGUCUUCCAAGGCUUUAUCCACUCUUUCAGCCCACAUUACAGUGGUGGUACUGUUCUUUGGACCUUGCAUCUUUAUCUAUAUAUGGCCUUUCAACAGGGUGUCCAUAGAUAAGAUCCUUUCUGUGUUUUACACAAUUUUCACUCCCCUUUUAAAUCCAAUCAUCUACACAUUCAGGAAUAAAGACAUGAGGAAAGCAAUAAGAAAAAUAAAGACCAAACAAGUGAGUUCCAGAUCAACCUUUUAA